UACACUACUCAUACCAUCAUUCUCAUCUUCAUCUCAUCCCACCUGCAUUCCCAUCUCCGUUCGUUCCGCUAAUGUAACAAGUGAACCUGAAAGCCACCCACUCCAUCCAAAAUCCAACCAUGUCGCAAACAGCCCUCCCGGAACUGAGCUACACGCCUGGGGACUUGACGGAGCCGCAGUUCCGGUUACCCUCGCACCAGCAGCUCCUCGACCAGAAGCGGGAUAGCUUCGAUAAUCUGCCCCUGAGUCGCCUCAACUUGGACACGAGGGAUACGCAGCCCAUCAAGUAUCGGGAGCAACUGGGUUCGGCGGCGGGUCGUCAGUUUCCCGCCUUGGCAGCGGCCCAGAAUCGCUACUCGGAUCACUUGGAGCGCGGUAGUGAGCUCAGCUUUGCCGUUUUGGAGCCGGGCAAGGAUCUCAUCUCACUGCCAACGGUGGGUGUGCGAAACUUUGACACCGAUCCGGAUUUGAUCAAGAAAAUGCCGCUGCACUCGAUCACGGAGAAGCCGAACGAGCGGUGUCCAUCGCCGGUGGUUCCGGCCUAUGCCAACUUCGAGCUGGCCAAGCGGAUGCACCAGGACAACCUGGAUCACCAGCCGCUGCCCGAUUGUGUGGCGGACUUGGCCUUCCGACGGGCACAGAUCUCCGGCGGACAUGCCGGUCUCGCCCUGGACAUCGAUCCCAUUGCCACGGGCGUGGGUGUGAAGACCCACAAUGCGGGACCAACGCACUGCACCAAGAUGAAGGUGUUCCGCCCGAAGACCGGCGGUGGCAUUGUGCCCCGAGCCCUGGGCAUGGGGGAUCCCUUCCGGGGAGUUGGCUCGGCACCGGCCAAGAAAAUGGGUCCAAUGGAUCUGGCCAUUUGCUGGGACUUCAAGCCGGCCAAUCCCGCAGAUGAGCCACGUCUGGCCAGGCAUAUAGAUGGAUCCAAUGACUCGGCUGGACCGGCGGUCUUCACCUGCGUGAAAACGCCUCGCGAGGAGCAAUCCUCCUCCGACCUGGGCAGAUCCGCCGGUGUCUUUACCAGCACCCUGGGUGAAGCGGAUUUCUUUGACAAGGACAUCCUGCGGAAGAGGACGGAUUUCGGGGGUGCCCGCUUGGAUCGCGAGGGUCCGUGUGCCUGCGAUUACUCGCCGCCGUCAAGGCAAAGAGCACGAAGUGUCUCUCGGGACUCCAGUGCCUCGCAUUGCAGGCGAGGAUCGGGCAUCGGGGGACCGAAUGGCGGAGUGAGCUUUGGCAACCUGGCGGAGUUACCCGGUCGCGGAAUGCCCGAUCGACUGGCCAAGCAGUAUCAAUCGUCGCCCCUGCUGGGCGAUAAGGAUUAUCAGGCUCUGAGGGAGAAGUACUUGGGUCCGUCCUCUGCCCAGGAUUGCCAGCCGAUGAACUGCAGGCCAACGGGAGAGCCACCUUGCAAGCGGGAUGUCCUACUGCGACGUCCUGCCCGUCGCCUUUGCCACAAGGUGGCCCCAGCUCCGCGCUGCUGUCCACCUGCAUUUGGUGGCCAUGGACACGGUCAUUGCCUGACCAGCAAGACGGCCUUUCGAGCCGGACUUCCGAAGCACAAUGCUUCCGGGGAUUUCGUGGGCAUAGAGCCCGGCUGUGGAGGGGGCGGCGGUGGAAGGGUCCUGGUCGUGCCACGCCCCCGGCAGCCCUACUCCAAAAAGAACUACGACAUCGAGACCCUGGUGCCGCCCUUCCAGAGCCAAGCUGGCGGAGCCGGACAAGGUGGCUAUCCGGAGCACUGGCGACUGGCCAGUGUCUACCAGCACGCCUACAAGCCGAUCGACCAGCGAAGGCGACCCCUCCUACAAACAGUCUACAAGUAGAGCCAUGAACAAACUAAGUCUGUCCUCUGAGACUCGUCUAGAUUUUCCCAUUACAAUUGUCCGUAUAAAGAGUUGUCCGCUCAAGAGAAUAUCAACCAAAAUGAAGUGAUUCCCUUAAAGCUAUUGGCUAUCAAGUGUCUGCUCAAACAUAAUAAUUAAAAACAUAUUUAAGGUAACAGUAAGGAAAGAUAUAAAUAAAACUAACAAAGAUUUUUGUAAGAAAAUAAAAAAAAAUCUCUACAUCACAACAACAUUUUCGGAGUCAAAAAGAGGAGUUUAAAUUACUCUCAAUUAAAGUUAUAGCUUGUUUUAACGUAAGAAUUGUUACCUACUGAAAUUUAUAGAUUUAAGAAGUUCUUGAGAAAAUUCACUUAUACCACAAUAUACAAUUUUCCAUUAUUGUGGAAAAAUACAUGACGAAAAUUGAUGCGACUAUAGCUGUACACAAAAAUAAGUUGUAUUACUACCCACAGAACCAUCGGUCCAAAAAUAGGCUAAGGUAUUGCCCAAAAGAUAAUCUUUCCCCGAUUUCGGUCUACCGAAAUACAUUAAUCUCAUUUCCCCUUUUUAUUUUGUUAUUUUCUCUUCAAAUAAGUAGAAAAUCACUUCGCAUACAAGUUCAUGUAAAAAACAAAUGUUAUAUAUUAACAAGAUGUAGAAAACAUACAUAUAUGAAUAAACGUUCAAGCAUCAAGCAAAAAUUAGAAAAAAUAUGUAGUUUUUUAACUGCUAUAACAAAAGUAAUUGUCUGAUCGAAGAAUGCCACACCUCGUUGAACUCGUUGUUUAAUUUCCAAUCCA